AUCGGAGAACGGCAGCGGCGGCACUUGGGCGAGCGUGGCCUUCUACCACGAUGAGCGAAUACCUGCGCUUGCUCGCUGACAAGCUGAUGUAGUGCUGCACAUGCCGUCGCCCACCGAGCGGGGUACUAGACGACAAUUUCCCGACAACGACAAUAUUCAAGACCGUCAGUUUCGAUGAUCGUGGACGGCGCAUUGUACAGACCAAGACGGUGCAGAGUUCUAUGCUGCGCAAGAAAAUCAUCAACCGAUCUGAUGGCACCAAGGAUAUCGUCGAGGAGAUAAUCACUCCGGGCAGCCAGACGAUGCUGUCACGAGAUCAGCCCAUGAGCGAGGCAGAUUUCCAGAAGAACUCGCUCGACUGGCACAACUACUAUCGCGCCCUGCACGGUGUGCCUCCGUUGCAGCUGGACGCCAAGCUGAAUGGUAUUGCGAAAAAAUGGGCCACCACUCUCGCCAAAGAAGAUCGCUUUGAACACAGCCCGGACUCGGAAUACGGCGAAAAUGUGUACGUCAAGUGGUCCAGCAACCCCAAUCAUCAAAUUACAGGACGCGAGGCUGUCGAAUCGUGGUACAGCGAGAUCUCGGAUUACCGCUGGGACGGUAGCGAUCCGGAUGUGGACGCUGUCGGCCACUUCACGCAGCUCAUCUGGAAGGAGACGACUCGUAUGGGGUGCGCGCAGGCUCGUGGUCCCACCAACAAGAUUCUCGUCGUUGCAAAUUACGCGCCACCUGGCAACGUGGUCGGCAAGUUCGCCGCAUGCGUGCCGCCGCUGCAGUAUUCUACGACGUAGGAGAACACUUCCUCACGGCCGCCCCGAAAUUGUUCGUCAUUCCAUUAUAGAUUCGAGAGACUGUAGAAUGUUCAGCCACCAAAAGUGCAUAGAAUAAGUGGUUCACGCGAUUAUUACGGAUAAAUUUACCCGCUUAUGGACCAUUC